CCGCAUAAGAAAAAAAGAAAAAGAAGCAGCGAAAAAUGAAGAUCAAUAGAGAGAGCUCAAGGCUGCUCAAGCCAACCUAUUAUACCCCAACCCACCCUCCUACUGAUGCCUUGAUCCCACUGAGCCCCUUUGAUAAUGUCACAUUUCAGACCAAUGUUAGCUUCUUGUAUGCCUUCAAACCUCCCAACCCAUCAAAUGAAGUCAUUGAACAAGGGCUCCGCCGGCUUCUUGCCGAGUACAGAGAGUUCGCCGGCCGCCUUACUUUCGAUGGCAAGGGUCGUCAGUGUAUCCUUCUCAAUGACGAGGGCAUUCGCUUCGUCGAAGCUACUUCCGGCUCCCCUCUUGGUAGCUUGAUGGACAAGCCAUCUCCAUACUACCUCGACUUGCACCCACAUAGCACGGCCAUAGAGGAGGCAUUGUUUCAGGUGCACCUCACCAGGUUUUCUUGUAGUUCCUUAGUGGUGGGCUGCACCGUCCACCAUGCAGUCUCGGAUGCGCUGUCUCUCAGCCUUUUCCUCACAGCAUGGGCCCAAACUCUUUGCUUGUGGUUCCUUGGUGGUGGGCUGCACCGUCCACCAUGCAGUUUGGAUGUGCAGUCUCUCAGCCAUUUCCUUAUAGCAGGGGGCCAAACUGUGCGCGAUGGCAUCCCAGUUCUUCCACUCCCACUGCAUGACCGCUCCAUCUUCGUCCCUCACAACCCUCCUCACUUUCAGUUUCAACACAGCGAGAUUGAGUAUGCAGCCCAUCAUCGGACCGCCAAACACCCAGAGCUACAACACACUAUUGUGAUGGAAGGGGCACACUUUUCUUCUGAAUUUUUAGCCAAAUUCAAGUCCAAGGCCUCUGGUGAAUAUCCUUAUGAUAAGCCUUACACUGCACUACCGGUGAACGGUUGCUUUAGAAUGAGGAGUCCUACUGUGCCCAUGAGCUACUUGGGCAAUCAGGUGCUAUGGGCUUGGCCUCGCUCAAAGGUGAAAGACCUAUUGUCCAAGCCAGUGGGGCAUGCAGCUAGGCUCAUACAUGAUGCAGUGGCUCGAGUCGACGAAGACUACAUCAGGUCAUUCAUCGACUUCUCAAGCUCGAAGGAAAAGAUGGAAGCGCUGAUGCCAAGCGCUUAUGGGAGAGACGUGGUGUUGAGCCCCAACUUGGAAGUGUCCUCCUGGUUGAAUAUCCCCUUCUAUGACAUGGACUGUGGUACAAACUCCCCUUACCUCUUUGUACCUUCAUAUGAGAGAGUAGAAGGGUUUUUGCAUAUCGUGCCUUCCUCCACUGGCGUUGGAGAUGUUGAUGCCUUUGUUUCUCUGUUUGACAAGGACAUGGGAUCCUUCAUAGAUGCACUGUAUUAUUUAGAUUAG